GAAAUACCACGUGGUCAGCUCCCCUACUGUCCCUCCUUAUGAGUGACUUCCACAGGGUCUUUGGCAUUUCAGGGAGACUGGCUUUGUUAUUUCACCUUUGCAUGUCAUAUGUUGAAGAAUAAUACCGUCUGAAGCCAUGUAAACAGUAGCAGCUGCUAUAUUUGAUCAUCAUCACAUAAACAACAUCGCUGAUCAGCACAGGUUCCUGUGUUCUCCGGAAGGUUGUGUUGGGAAUAUCAAGCCAACAGCAAGAUGUCCAUGUUCAGCACUGGCAUCCUGGUGCUGACGUCUCCCCUUCACACCCUCCCUCUACGUAUCGCUCCGGUCCUCAGCUCUGCCGCUCAGCUUGUCGAACGCACCCUCUAUGUCCACCUUCACCCUGGACUCAAUCUGGGCAAAGAGGGCCAGGCUAGACCAGUGUACAUCCCUCCAGUAGUGGACCUAUCCAAACUCAUUACACGUCUGUAUAACAACGCUGCGGAUAUAUGUGGCCACCUAGACGUACGGGUUUUGCUCACGAAUGUUCGUGCUCAAUCGGCCGCUAUCCCAAACUGUCCUUUUCCAACACCACAAUCACUUUCACACUCUCCAGAGGUUGUGCUAACAGACUUUCCUUUGCUGGAUACAAGCCAGUUGCAUCAAGUUACUCAGUGUCUACAAAGGUACACUGGGUGCUGUUAUGUCUGUAGCCCGUCUUUGUCCUCAGUGUUGCUUCACCCACAGUUAGUGAAUUUAGAAAAAGAAAAUGUUGACCAAAAAGAGCCAGAGGGGACAGUGGAACCAAUGAAAACAUACAAUGAUGUGGUUGUAGGCGGGACAUUUGACCGGCUACAUGGAGCUCACCGGACACUGCUUAACAUAUCGUGCUUGUUGGCCAAUAGGAGGUUCCUUAUAGGUGUAUGCGACCAAGCUAUGCUAAAAAAGAAAGUGCUGAAGGAGCUGAUCGAGCCCUACUCUGUGCGUGUCCAAAAACUGCAGGAGUUUCUUCGGGAUGUCAAGCCCUCUCUGGAGGUGGAGAUCGUGCCUCUGAAUGACCCCUUUGGAGUGUCAGUGGUAGACCCUCUGCUGGAGUGCAUUGUAGUCAGUGAGGAGACCAGGAAAGGAGGCGAGGCUGUCAACAAAAAACGCAUUGAAAAUGGUCUUCCAGCACUUGUUCUUCAUGAAAUCCAGCUGCUUAAAGAUGCACACCACUCUGAAAUCGAAGAAGAGAAAAUCAGCUCCUCUAGUUUCCGGACUCGUUUACUGGGGACACUCCUUACCCAACCCAAAGAUGCAUCUCAUCUUCCUGUCCUCCCAUAUGUGAUUGGUCUUACGGGGGGCAGUGGCAGUGGAAAGAGCUCCAUUGCCAAAAGGCUGGAGGCGCUGGGAGCUGUCCGGAUCGACUGUGACAAACUGGGCCAUGAGGUGUACCAGCCCGAGACAGCAGCCUACCACAGAGUACUGCAGGAGUUUGGCUCAGAUAUCCUUAACGAGGAUAAAACAAUUAACAGACGAGCAUUGGGAAAGAAAGUGUUUGGAAAUCAGGAACGGUUAAAAGCUCUAACAAGCAUAGUGUGGCCUGAAAUUGCUUUGUUGGUUAAAAACCGAAUCCAACAAGCAAGAGAGGAAGGUAAACAAGUGUGUGUGCUGGAUGCUGCAGUUCUUCUAGAGGCUGGUUGGAAUGAUAUGGUCCAUGAAGUUUGGGUCACAGUCAUCCCUGAGGAGGAGGCCGUGUCGCGGAUAACAGAGCGUGAUGGGGUGAGCACAGAGGAUGCCCUGAGGAGGCUGCACAGCCAGUGGUCCAACUCCAAACAGGUGCAAUAUGCCAAUGUGGCUUUGACUACACUGUGGGAACCAGAGGUGACCCAAAAACAGGUUUUAAAAGCAUGGAAAUUACUUCAGAAAAGAAUCCAGCAAAGACUAGAGGGACAGUAGAUGUAGAUGCCUGUGUGGGUCAGCGUACUCUGCUCAGGAGUGCAUGCCGAUCCAAAGACUCAAAACUGCCUAAUCUAUAUAAGGAAAUGCUGCCUUAAAGUGAACUGUGCCACUUGUAAAAAACAACAACAAAAAACAUUAUUCCUAAAGUAGAUUUUUUUUAUUGAUAUACUGAAAUACUCUACUAUAACAGUAACAUAGUUCAGGAUAUCAAAAAUAAAUCUUUAGUCAGUUUUAAUUAUUUUAAU